AUGUCAUUUGAAUUAAUGUCUACCAACAACUUCCUAAUCCUAUCUCUGGCUGCCGUCGUCACCGUUUUGGCAGGAUCCUAUGUCUUUCUCCAGCCUGCUAAGGAGAGGAAGGUGCUCAAGAAGGAUGAGUACCAGAAGUUCCCUCUGAUCGAAAAGAUUUUGAUCUCUCACAACACAGCGCUUUUCCGUUUUGGACUUCCAAAGCCAACGGAUGUCUUGGGACUUCCAAUUGGCCAACACAUCUCCAUAUCUGAGGUUAUCAAUGGCAAGGAGAUCGUCAGAUCAUACACACCCACUUCGACUGAUGAGGCCAAAGGCCACUUUGACCUGCUGAUCAAGUGGUACGACCUCGGAAACAUCUCGAAGUUCAUCAACGAGCUCAAGCUUGGUGAAACCAUCAAUGUGAGAGGACCAAAAGGUUUCUUCACUUACACACCCAACAUGUGCCGUGAGUUCGGUAUGGUGGCCGGAGGUACCGGUAUCACCCCAAUGUACCAGAUCAUCUCUGCGAUUGCCAGAAACCCAGAAGACAACACCAAGGUCCAAUUGAUCUACGGCAACCAGACUGAGGAAGAUAUUUUGUUGAAGGAUGAACUGGAUGCCAUCUCAAAGCAGAACCCCAACAUCAAGAUUCAUUACAUCCUCGACAGGCCAACUGCCUCGUGGACCGGUGGAUCUGGCUACGUGACCCCGGAGAUGAUGAGCGAACAUCUUCCAAAGGCUUCUGACGAUGUUCAGCUUCUUUUGUGUGGUCCUCCAAGAAUGACUGCCACUGUCAAAAGCAAUGCUGUUGACCUUGGCUAUAAGAAGGCCAAGCCAGUUUCCAAGUUGGGUGACCAGAUUUUUGUGUUCUAG